AUGACGUUCCAGGCUGUGACACCAUAUUUCGUUUGGAUUAGUUUAGAAACGUCGACGCAUCUGGGCGAUAGCAACAUGUAUGUUCGCUUGAAAAAAUGCCCAGCUUGUAGGAAUUUCUGCGAACGACUGGAUGGUUGCAAUCAUAUGGUGUGCAUCUGUGGUGUUGAGUUCUGUUACGUUUGCUCCGAGAAGUGGCGCGAUUAUACGUUCCAUGCCAAUUGUACCGAAGAUGUUUUCGAGGUAAUACAUUCGUUAUUCAGUCCUGCUUUGCACUAG